AUGGCGUGCUCAAUAUCGACAUCCACAUGUUCGUUGGAGUUUGAGGAAUGUCCUCACAUGAAAGGGAUGAAACUUAUAUUGGCAUUGCCAAACAACAUGACAUUUACUCAAGUUUUUGAACGAUAUCAUGCCACACAUAUAAAGGUUCCUGAAUUUCGAGUCAGAGGCAAACAGAGUGGGAGCAAAGACGGUAACUGUUUUGACAUUACCCCAGGUUUGACCAUCGGUGAAAUUAUAUCCGCGUUUGACAUUCGAUGCUUUGAAUUCAAAUGCUUACCAUCUGAACACGACGAAAUUCGACAAAUGAUUACUGAAGCAGCUUCAACCGCAACCAAAAGUGCAAGCAAUGCCUUUCAAAUUCUCAUGGCUGGGGACAAGGGUUAUCCCAACAAAAAGACAACAAGUAGUGGGAUGAAGGCUGGUGUGAACAAAAAGGAUGAGAUGUUUAACAUGUUGGUUGAUGAUUUCGUCCAAAGAAAACUAAGCUUUGCGAAAAGUACAGCUAAUUCUGAGGGUUCUUACUUCAUACAGGUGCUGUGCAACGCCCUUUGGUACUUAACAAACCAACACUCAGUUAUUGAUGAAGCAUCUCGACGUAAGAAAAAUGUGCAGCCAGUUCCAGUUGUGUUUUCCAAAUACAAAGGAUUUAAUGACUUAAAACGAAAAAAACUUAAAAGUCAGCCACUCAAGUUCUCAGAUUUAAAAAUGCAUGCAGAAGCAAUUUAUAGUUUAAUGUUAAAACCUGUUGUCAACUCUAGCCCUGAAUGGAAGACUGAAAGUGAUAAUUUCAAACAGCUUGCAAACUGUAUGCUAUGUUAUAGACAGUAUUCAGAAGAACAGCAGAGAGCAACAACAUCAUAUCAUGCUUUGACACAUCCUGUACGCACCAUAUGA